AUAGCCUGACUGAACUACUGAAAAUGAAAAGCCUACCAGACUCCUUCUGCAACAGCACAGUCUACCCCUAUGUUUACAACCUGACUUCCUCCUACAUCGACCAGAACAAUGAGGCCACCAUGGUGACCACCACCUUGGCCAUGUUCAUGCUGGCCGUGUUCUUCUUCAACCUCAACCUCUUCAGCCGCUUCUCCGACGUGAGCGCGAUUCUCAACCCUAGCGUCCGCCUCUUCCUCUCCACCUCCCUGUCCCUCUUCCUGCCGGUCAUGUCCUACCUCUUCUCCGAGGCCAAGAACCAAGGUGCAACGACCAUGGCUGCUACUACUAGCAGUAGCUCCAGUUAUGGCGAGCUCGGCGACGAGCUGUCGCUUCGAGCUAGGACGAUCCUCAUGUGGAUGCUUCUUGUGGAGCUCCUCCGCAAGAAGGUGGAGGCCGUCCUGGUCAGCGUGGGCAUGCAGUGGUACUCAGGCGCCAUCGAUCGCUUCGCCCGCAUCGUUUGGCUCGGCUACCUCGUCUUCUACAAUGUCAAAAGCCCCGGCAAGAAGGCGAUCUAUGGCACCUUAUGGGUCCUCACUGCUGCCAAGUUCCUGCAAAGGGUCGUCGUCAAGAUGGUGCUGGAGCGUUCCUUCGCCUACGGAAGGAACACCCAGCUGCUCAACUCAUACAUGGCCCAGAUCAUCCAACAAGAGCAAGAGCAAGAGCAAGAGGAGCACUCGGGAUCAUCGUCGUCGGCGGAGCUGUUGAAGAAGUGCGAGUACACCGUGAUGGGAGAAGAAAAUCUGGAGAGGACGGCUGGCCGGCAUGGCUACCAGGUGGAGCUGAACAAGGCGGCCGUUGUCACCGUUGGUGACAUUUGGACGCAGGCAGCAGCCGAGCCGGACAGCCUCCUCCGGAGAGAACACCUUAGAAGGCUCUGCCUCUCCUUUGCUCUCUACAAGCUGCUGCGCCGGAGGUUCGAGGACAUCCCCACAACAAGAGAGGAGACCCGGAACUGCCGGAACCUCAUCUUCAAGGGCUUGUUGAAGGAGCAAGAAGGUGCCGAGGUCGCACUGUUCCAAGUCUUCAACGAUGAGACCCAGUUCGUUUGCGAGUACUACCAUUCCGUCCUACCCGUCGUCUUGUCCGACCCUUUCUUCUUCCUGGUCAACUACAUCCUGUUUCCCAUUGUAGUUUCUGCCUUCUGCCUCCUAACACUGAUCAUCUGCGGCAAUGGGAGCGUCCGCUACGCCUACCAGAGCAUCACAAGUGACAACUACAUCAUAUACACUGGCGCGACGACGCUGACCAGAUGCCUCCUGAGAAACAUCGCCCAUUCACCCGAGGUGCUGUUCGCCAGCAUCGACCUAGGCACCACCACUCUGCUCAUCCUGGCCUUCGUCUACGAGGAAGUCGUGGAGGUCCUCGUCUUUAUCCUCUCCAAUUGGCUCAUCGUGUCGCUCCUCUGUCAGUACACCGCCAAGCGCCACUGGCGGCAGAGCCGCAUGGUAUGUUGGCUCAUCCGCGGCAUCCUGUGGGUGCGAAGCAUGCUAAGCCACCCUAACCUCAGCUUCAAGCAGCUCUCCGUGCUAAGGUUCUUCCAACUGUCGUCGCCUUCGCCGAUCAUGGUGCCAACCAAGGCAGUGCCCAAGGAAGUGAUGGAGUCGAUCGUGGAUUAUCUGGUGGUUCACUUGGAUGUCUACGGCAUCGAUGGCCAUGACGACCCUCUCAAUUCGGCCUGGUCCUCCACACUGCAACAGGAGAAGCACAGGGCAUACCGUCCCCUGCUCUUGCCGGUGUGUGAGAGCAAGAGCAUCGCUGAGUUCAUCCUCACCUGUCACAUUGCCACCGCCCUAAUGGAGGGCUUCUUCCGGACGACAAGAAUGGGACAAAGCACACUUACAAGAAGAUGAAGGAGGACAUGAACAAGGAGCUUGGAGGGUGCUGGUGGUACCACCUGUCGCUGCAGGGAACCAGGUACAAGAGGCUGAUGGAGAUCGGCGAAUCGAAGCAGAAGGCCGUGACAAUGGUGCGCAACGGGGCCAGGU